CCUCAAUCUGUCGUUUACAUUUGGCCCAAUUCACUUUCGCAUAUCCUCUUCUACUCGCUCUGCAGACUCGUCAUCAGAAGACAUCAAUUCCUGCAAACGCUAUCCUCAAGAUCUCGCUCGCAUCCAUACUCGAACUUCAUCAGUCAAUACAGCAGCCACCAUAGCUUCCAAGCAGCUCAAUCGUCUCUCUCACCAUUUACGCAGCCUAUCGGGCACUACAGCUUCCACACCUUACACAUCACCCACCCGAAACACCAGCAACGGCUGGUUUCGACGAAGCAUGGCCACCACCGCCAACCCUAACAGCCCGCCCACGAGCGAAGCACCAUGGAAGAAGCUGUUCCACUCACACUUAAGCAAGAUGGACUCACCAGAGUUUGUCUUUAGCAGUCUCACACCCUCCACUCGCUCCGAAUCCCGCGAUGGCAAGACACCAGUCCCUUACGUCCCACGAGCCCGCUUCUGCAUCUUCCGUGCUUUCUGGGCCGAGCUCCCAGACAACAAACACAACACCGCAGAGAAGAACGAUAGAGUCUAUGAAUCCGAUCUUCCAUGCUUCACCACCGAUGUUCGAAUGCAAAAGCUUUUUGAGAUCUUCGCAUCGAGUGCGGGGAAGGCGGACGAUGAGAGCUUGGUGCAGGGAAGUGGUGGUGGGGGUCCUUGUGAGGCGGUGUGGUGGGUUAAGCUGCCAGAUGAGGGUAUUAUGAUGCAGUGGAGAAUCAAGGGAGAGGCAUAUGUGGUUGCGAGUCAGGAUAUUGAUACCGUGGGAGAGGAGCAGACGAGUGGGGUGAAAACUGUGAAGAGUGAGUUGGGGAGGAGAAUGAGGGUCGUCAAGGAGGAUGGCGUGGAGGGAUGGAGUUGGGCGAAGGAGAUCAGAGGACAUUUUGGAAAUAUGAGUCCUGGUAUGAGAGGCAGCUUUCAGAACCCGCCACCAGGUCAGCAGGUCGAUAAGCCAUACGAUGAGAAGAAGCACCAAAUCGGUGAAAAAGUCGAAGACCUGGACCACCCAGUUGCGAGAGAGAACUUUCGUGUUGUGGUGAUUAAGCCAGAGGAAGUGGAGAGUGUUGAUCUGAGUGAUCCAAAGAAGGGAAGGCGAGAGGUUUACAAGUUUAACCACCAAGAUGGCACGUGGUCACAUGAGACGUGUUGGCCAUGAUAGUUGCAAGUUGCAGUGCAUCGCAUUUACUUGGCAAUUUUUCGUAUUGAAGCUCACAGUGGGUGCUUGAGGCCGAGCAAGAUGAGAUAUAGAGACGACCAGAUGUACAGA